GCCUCAAAGUAUGAUGAAUUUGGAACAUGUUUAAAUAUUUCAUGCACUAAUGAUGAGCAAAUUAAAGACAAUUUAGAACCGAUUUCAACUACUACAUGUUCAUGAUGACAUGUUGUAAAUCGUCAUUUGCGCAUUAUUAACUGCUGUCGUUUAUUUUCAUUAUUAAAUAUGGGUGUAUCACGUUGUAAGUUUAUUGAACCGUUGAGACAUAAGAUCUGACACAGUUAAGUAUCAUGAUGUUAUGCUAAUCCAAUUAGUAUUCAAAGUCGAUGUCAACUAAGACACUCAACAAUUUUUAAUGCCAGACAGCUAUGGAAGCUGUUCUUCAUUUUCACUACAUAGAAAACUAAAUGACCUAUCAAGUCCAUAUAUAUUAUAUAUGGAUACGCAUGUGUGAUAUGCGUAUCACAUUAAAUCUCAAAGACGCGUCUUUAAGAUCUAAUGACAAGUAUUAGGGCACUUAAGCUUUUUUAGUAACAAUGUCCUCUGCCUUUACUGCAAGGGAUUUGAAUCAUUUUGAUUAUGUUAUUAUUGGAGGUGGGAUUGCUGGUGUUGUGUGUGCUGAAACAUUAUGCGAACUCUUAAAUCCAAGCAGGUUUUCUGGGGCUCUCCAGUCAUCGUCGGGUCAUCUAAACUAUGCAUCUAAACGUGUAGCAUUGAUAUCUGCUUCUCAAACUGUGAAAACUACAAUCAAUCUGCGUCGAAUAAGCAAUAUGAUCGAAACUUUUGAUAUUGAGGAGAAAUCUGGUAGUUCAUGGUCCGAAACAUGGCCCGACACGUUAACCGUAAUCUGUGAUACAAUGAUAAAACUAGAUCCUUCUAGUCAUACUGUUUAUUUACAACAACGUGGUUAUGAGAGUCCGAUUUUUUAUGACAAAUUAUGUCUAACAACUGGCGGUGUUCCGCGGCUUAUUGAUCCGAGGCACCCAUAUGUUAUUGGUCUAAGGGAUACAGAGAGCAUCAAAAACUUUCAACACCGUCUACUGGGCACUCGUCGUAUGGUGUUAGUUGGGAAUGGAGGUAUAGCAACAGAGAUCGCACAUGAAGUCUCUGGUUGUCAAAUUAUUUGGGUUAUCAAAGACAACAGCAUUAGCACACCAUUUCUUGAUUCAGUGGCUGCCACAUUUUUAUUAGAAGCAAGAGAAAUUUCAAAGCAAAGUGAUUCUGUUGAGAAAGCCGAAGUUAGUUCCAGACCAUCUGGAGAUAAAAUCUCAGAGGAUACACAAAUCAGACGCAUGCGUUAUAUUGUGGCUGAGGAAUGCCAAUCAGAAGAUAUCACAAAAACUGGAGACGAUCAUCUCAUGCUUGUUCCUGAUCAACAGCAUCCGUACGAAUUGGAUAUCGGUAAAUCAUCAGUUGCUGGUGCUGCUCCAGGUCCAGAUUGGGCAUAUGGACGCAAAUUACAUGGACGACUUGUCAAUACAGUCGAUGGUAGACUACUUAAAGUAGUUUAUCAAACCAAAAUCAAACAGUUUUUAUCUCCAGAAGAAUUUCAUGACUUAAAUAGAUUAGAAACCCUGCCUUUUACAAACAAGCUCAAUGAUAAUGUGUUAUCCGUUAAUGAUUGGCCAGUUUAUGUCGAGUUAACAAAUGGUGAAAUUUAUGGAUGCGAUUUAGUUGUAAGUGCAGUUGGCGUUGAAGCAAAUUUAAAUCCCCUAAACAGAAGUCCUAGCAACGUGGAUAAUACUACUCAUAAUAGUGGUAAUACUUAUAAUAUUAAUAAUAAAGGAACUGAAAUCACAGAGUCAUCUAACUUAGAUGCUUUAUUUCAUUGCGCCUCUAUGGAACAUGGUGGUGGUCUGUUAGUGAAUGAACAAAUGGAAACAAAUUGGAAAGAUGUGUAUGCAGCAGGAGACUGUGCAUAUGCCAAUUGGACAUGGUCUCCACAUUGGUUUCAAAUGAAAUUAUGGAGUCAAGCUAGACAAAUGGGAUUUCAAGCUGCUAAGUCUAUGUUUUGCCAUAGUCGAGGAGACCACAAUAUCCCGCUGGAUUUUUCUUUCGAACUUUUCACUCAUGUGACUUACUUUUUUGGAUUUAAGAUUGUUCUGUUGGGUCGUUUCAAUGGUCAGGGUAUGAAUCUCUCUGCUUCAGAUACUUAUCUUUUAAUGCGUGUUACACGUGGACGAGAAUUCAUCAAAUGUGUCAUGAAGUCAGGUCGUAUGCAAGGCGCAAUAUUAAUUGGAGAGACUGAUUUAGAAGAAACUUUAGAAAAUUUAAUUUUAAAUCAAAUUGAUUUGACUAAUUUAGAAGAUCGUCUUCUUGAUCCAGACAUUGAUUUAUCAGAUUAUUUCGAUUAGUAAUCUACAAUGGGCUCCAUUUUUAAUUAUAUGUAUAUAUUUUUAUUUUUAUGUAUGAUACUACUUCGUGUGAAUGAUUUCGUUAGUUUCAAUUAUUUGAAUUGUCCCUAUAUUCAUAAGUAUAUGGCUAUCAGCAGAAUAUUAGUUAAUUGGUUAUGUAUAUACAGGAUUAACAUUACAUUAUGUAUGUGUGCCAUUAAACUAGCUACAAAUUGUAAUGAUUGCUUUGAAUACAAUUAUUAUGAAGACUUCAUCAUUUCAUAAAAAUACAAAGGAGAUACAUUGUC